AUCAGUACGACUCACCAACUUUGCCCACGCGCGGAACCACGCACGUAAGACACACGCUAUACAGUCUUGGCUCUCACUCUCUCAGACAGUCCCUCUAAACAGUCGCAGACGAGAUAGGCGGUGGUAGAUAAGGGUUCAUUUCCUUCACAUGUAAGUUCGCACCGACUGUGAGCUUCGCCACUUUUUCAUCUUAGCUCAAUUAACUGCUCACCUGAUUUUUUAUGUUUACUCUUUCUCUCUUUCACGCAUCCUCUGUUUGAUGUUGUUGAUUUUGUUUCAGCAAUGGCGGUUCCCAGAUCUUGAGAACCUCCGUUCUCGUGACUAAACAAUUUUGAAGUCACCCGAUCUUUGAAGCAGGCUUUUGCCAAUGGGGAAAUCUCCAGCAAAGUGGAUCAAGACAGUGCUUUUUGGAAAGAAAUCUUCCAAGUCGCCCUUAUCAAAGGAUGCCGCUUCUGCCAAGAAAGUACCCACAUCAGAUCUUGUGGAGGACCGUCCAGUGAGAUCAGAUCCAGCAAGCUACAUUAUUAAUGGAGGUGAAGGGAAGACAGAGCUAGAUAGUGUUACAACCACUGGGUUAUCAGGUGAUACUCUUGCUUUGUCAUCUGUGGCUCAGAAUGUGGAUUCACUAAGCUUAGGUGCUGUGUCAGUUGAUGGCGCCGAGAUGAAAAUGCAAGAAAAAGCUGCAACUAAGGCACAAGCGGUCUUCAGGGGCUACUUGGCUCGCCGUGCUUUUCGAGCUCUUAAGGGGAUCAUAAGGCUGCAAGCACUUAUUCGUGGGCACUUGGUUCGGCGGCAGGCAGUUGCUACGUUGCGUUGCAUGCAAGCAAUUGUUAGAUCUCAGGCAUUGGUCCGUGGACGGAGAGUCAGACAUUCAAGUCCUGUGUGUCAGGGGAUUGGAAAUUACAGUUUGAGAGAAAGGAAGGAUGCUAAGCUGGCAGGGUUAAGCGUCACAAUUAUGCCUCUAAGGUCUGAUAAACUGGCAGCUAAUGCAUUUGUGUGCAAGCUUCUUGCUAUAGUGCCAAAAGCUAUGCCCCUGAGCCUUCAGUAUGAUGUGACCGAACCUAAUUCAGCUUGGAACUGGCUUGAGCGUUGGUCAUUAUCUCGCUUUUGGGAACCACUUCCCCGGCCUAAAAAGAUUCAAAACCCAAAAUCUCAAAGAAAACAUGGUGCACAUGGUAAUAUUGAGAUGGAAUCUGGAAGACCAAAAAGAAGCGUCAGGAAGGCUCCUAUAUCAUCCAAUGCUGACAAUCACGGAUCAAGUUCCUUCGAUUCUGAAAAACCAAAACGUGUUCCUAGGAAAAUCAUAAAUCAUCAGACAGAAACAUCAUCACUAGAACAACCUCAGGCUGAACUGGAGAGGGUAAAACGGAACUUAAGAAAAGUUUCUGCAUCAUCCACGACAGUACCUCCUGAAAAGCCAGAUGUGGAAAUCGAAAAGGUGGUCCUUCCUGCCCCUCCAGAAUUGCCAAAAUCAUUGUGUGACCCCUAUGAGGCUCGUGAGCAAGCAAUAGCUGAAGAUUCUUUAGACUUGAUAACUGAGUCUAAGAUUGAAUCUGUAGAAUUGACAGUAUCUGAGCCCUCUCUGGAACCCGACACAGUUGACAAUAUUACCCAUGCUGAGCAGUUGCUCUCUGAAAAUGUAGAGAGUGGAGAGACACCCCAUGUUGUCAAGGAGGAAUAUAAUUCAAAGGAAGAUCAAGCUGGAAAGGAAAACCAGAGAAGUAGGAGGAGGAGGUCUCUUCCUGUAAAGCAAGAGCCUGCUGAGAAUGUUUCACAAAAUGCACCAAGCUUGCCUAGUUAUAUGGCAGCAACUGAAUCUGCAAAGGCUAAGCUUAAAGCACAAGGGGCUACUCGACCAACAAACGAAGAUGAUGCUGAAAAUGGUUUUAUAAGACGGCAUUCACUUCCAUCAUUGACCAAUGGAAAGUUGAUUGCACUAUCGCCUCGGUUGCAGCGGCCAGUUCAACCACACGGAAAAGGAGGAAACAAAACUAACAAAUCAGUUUCCGCCACUAGAGAUGAGAAGGGGCUUCAUCCUGGAUGGAGGAGGUGAGCUCAAGAAAUAGCUCUUACUGGAAGUUCAAGGCAUGUAAGGCUGUUUCAUUUGGUUGUGAAAUCAGUUGUGGAAAAGAUUAGACUGAGUUUUACUAUAAUUUGUCACUCCCAAGCUUCUCCAUGGUAGGCUUGCUGUUUAAAAGGGGAAUGUAUAGCCAAGACUCCCAGAGUGUCAUUUGUACGGUGUUGUGCCUUUAUUUUUCUUUUGAGUUUUCUGUUUUGUAGCGUGCAGUCGUGCAAAUGGUUGUUGACUCAUUUAUCUCUUGCUACAGAUUUGCUGUGUGCUACGUCGUGGUGUUGAUUUUUUAAUUAUAUUUUAAUAUUUUAGUUGGUCUUUCAAAACUGCUAAUUGUUACUUUGGCGUCUGUCAGUAUUUCCUUCAAAUUACCUGCAACAUUUGCAUCAGAUUCAUAUUGAAGUUGGGAAUUACAAAACCGCUUAUGAAAAUGCACACCCAUUUCAC